GCAACAAUCAACAAUCAAUUCGGUACAGUUCACUCUACUUGAUCAAUAAGCUCAGCUGCUUCGCUUUAAAACAGUUAAACACUUAAAUAAUUUCAAAAAAUGGCAUUCAAGUUCUUGGCAUUCUGCGCUCUCGUCGCCGUCGCUCGUGCUGGAGUUAUCAGUCAUGCACCUGCUUAUGCAGCAGCCCCUGCCUAUCAUGCUGCCCAAGCUUACCAUGCAGCCCCUGUUGCAUAUGCUCCAGUUGCUCACGCAGCUCCAGUAUACGCAAAAGCCAUCCACCACGACGAUGAAUACGACCCAAACCCACAAUACAGCUUUGCUUAUGAUGUCCAAGACGGUUUAACUGGUGACUCAAAAAGCCAACACGAAACUCGCUCAGGAGAUGUUGUGCAAGGAUCAUACUCCCUCAUUGACGCUGAUGGCCAUAAACGUACCGUUGACUACACCGCAGACCCACACAAUGGUUUCAACGCUGUUGUCCACCGUGAACCACUUGUGCACAAAGUUGCUGCCGUCGCAACUCCAGUUGUUACCAAAGUAGCUGCACCAGUCGCCUAUGCUGCCGCCCCACACUAUGCCCAUGCACCACACUACGCUCACUCACCAGUUUACCACUAAAUCCACUUCCUCAAUUUACAUCUUAAGAGCCACCAGAAAUUCACCAUAGACAGCAGAUGAAAUGAAAGGCAAAACGACAAUCGGGCUCGAUCUCGUUUGAGGCAUAAAAUUACGAAACUAAACUGUAAAUAAUCUCACAUUCAA